AUGCCCCUAAAAGUCUUGCACCGCAUAUCAACAUCGUGCAAGUUUAAGGUUUUAUUGGGUCAAGAGACGAUCAAGAUCAAACUACCUAAAACAUCGGAGAGAAGAAAGAAACAUGAGGAAGAAGAGACGGAUACAUACAAGAAGAUGAAAGAAGAGAAAAGGAAGAGAGAUUUCAUCAGACCCAGGUUGGUUUUUCGAGUUAAGAAGAUAACUUCUGUGAUUACCGGUGUCUUGGGACGCAAGAAAAAACACUUGCAGGUGAAAACAGAGGAAAGAGAGAUGAUUCUGCAGAAGAAACUACUGAAGCUGAUGAGACCAUGGUUGUUGCUAAAGCAAAGACUGAAGACGACAAGAAGAAGAUGCUUAAUCACUCUUGAGAUAUGCCACAUUGAUAGACUCAAGAAGGUUUACUAUCGUAAGAGAAGAGGGAAGGAGAGAGCGAGUGAACCAGAGUUGGAGGGAGAGAGUUGA